GCGGCAGCGCAACCCAUACAGCGCAGUAGUGAUAUCUGACUUGUUUGCACAUCGCCCUGCAUCCGCACAACAGGCCAUUUGCAGUCCUCCAAUGUCCAGCGCAGGGGACCGCUAGCCUGGUUUAUGCUGCCCCCUCGCGUUCCCCUCCCUUCAGGCGUGCGCGCUGCUCACCGUGAUUCCAACUCUCCUGCUUGCAUUUCGCCCAGCCAGAAAAGCUCGACUCCCAGCUGUGUUCUUGUCUGCUCCUUUCCCCGUACUUCAUACCCUCCUUCGAACACCAGCUGGGGGCUGCGCCGUUGGCGGACGUUUUAUAUCGCUUUCCGACAGCCACUCUCGCGCUUUGCUCCGCCGCCCGGGCGCUUGCUCAGCUCGCUUCUCUUUUCUUUUCCUGUCUCGCCAUUGAGACGGACCCCUGCCCAGCUGCCAUGCUAUGAAAGCAAGGGGCGCCUAUUCCAAGUCUGCAAAUUCGAACCGUCCUCGGCACCGUGGACACCCAAGCAGCCCCCGAAAUACUAUCCCCAAAUUUUCGAGCAAUUCCCGCGCGGCCAACCACGGCGGCGCUGGACAGGACUCGAAGCGUGCCAGAUAGAUCGUGCAGAUCCCACGCUCGAAACUUGAAACUUUUGACAUCUAUCUGGCGCACAGAGACUUGCCCUUGUCUCUGCCUUCUUUUAUUUUUCACAUUCCUUUACGCUGUGGCUGAUGAGAGAGACGCGGCCCCCCGCUGUCGCAUGUACGAGUACACGCUGCUAGGACCACCCGUCGCUGCACUGCCCAGUACCGGUACAGCUGCCCGGCGCGAACAU